CAACUGUUGUUGGCACCGUUGGCACAAAAUAGUCAAGCUGCAACACGUUUUUUGAUCGACUCGAUGGUUUUUUGAUCGAAGUACUGAGCAGUGAGUAGUGUACGCGAAUCAAUUCAAUAAAGAGCGAAACUAUGAGCGUCGCCCAAAAAAAUACGAUUAAUUCGUAUUUCCAGCGUAUCAAUGAAAAACGAAAAAAACAAUCAUCGAUCACUGCCGAUUCGAUCCGAUCCGAUUCGGCAGGCGACCAAGGAAAAAUUACUGGUGAGUGCAAAAGCAACGGGACCGAGACGUCUAACCGAAACGCUUCCGAUCUUCAAGCAAGUGGCGAUCAACAGACGGGUAACGCCAAUGAAACCUCUCUCGACCUUAAGGCAAAUGAUGGCAAAACAAAACUUGCGAAGAGCUCUGGAAAAAAUACUAGUGAGUGCGAACGCAACGGGACCGAGACAUCUAACCGAAACGCUUCCGAUAUUCAAGCAAGUGGCGAUCAACAGACGGGUAACGCCAACGAAACCUCUCUCGACCUUAAGGCAAAUGAUGGCAAAACAAAACUUGCGAAGAGCUCUGUUGUUAAACGAUAUGAACAAAAAUACAAAUCAUCGUGGGAGAGCAAGUUGCCAUGGCUGGAACAAAGAGGAGACCUUGCGUUCUGCAAAAUUUGUGAAGUUUCCCUCAAAUUUAAACAUGGGGGUUUGAAAGAUUUGAGAACUCACCAAAUACAAGAUAGCCACAAAAAGAAUGCUUCGUAUAUAAAUGUGAAGAAGUAUGAAACUUUGGUCAAACUACUCCCUGCCGAGAAGAAGGUUAUAGACGCCUGCAUUAGAAUUUGUUUACACGCUGUCGAUAAAAACAUAUCUUUCCAAGCACUUGAAGGGCUGAUUCCAACAAUAAAAUCGGCGUUUCCUGAUUCAAAGAUAGCCAGUUCCAUGAAAUUGCAUCGAACAAAGGCGACAAGAAUAGUUGUUGGAGUUACUGGUCAGACGCAAAAGGUUCGCUUGGUUGAUAUUCUGAAGCAACAGUUCUUCAGCAUAAUUGUCGACGAGUCAACGGAUUAUUCUUCAGAAAAAGUAUUGUGUAUUACGGUACGGUACUUCGAUGAGCAUGCAGGUCGUGUUCGGGAUGCGUUUUAUGACCUUGUACCUCUCAGUGCUUGCGACGCCACCUCUUUGUACAAAGCUGUAGAACAUACAUUUGUUGAGAAUAAUAUCCCGUACAAAAACAAUUUGAUUGGAAUCGGUAGUGACAACGCGGCUGUUAUGGUUGGAUCUAAGCAUUCAUUAACUACCCUCCUUCGACGUGAUUGUCCUCAUCUAGUAGGGGUACGGUGUAUUUGCCACUCGCUGGCACUUUGUGCUUCAAAUGCCACAAAGCAGCUCCCGGAUUAUUUAGAGCAGAUGCUUAAGGAUAUCUACAGUUACCUAUCUGCCAGUCCAGCUCGCUUGCAGCAGUUUGACAAAAUACAAUCAAUGCUGGAAUACAAUCCAAUAAGAGUUCCACGGAUGCACGAUGUGCGCUUUUUAUCAAGAGGCCAGGUAGUAAAAGCGGUCGUAGCCAGGUACGAGCCAUUAAAGAUAUACUUCGGAUUCGCCACAACGGUGGACCAUUUGUCAAAUGCGGUGAAGAUUCACAACAGCUUAACGGACCCAGUAACGGAAAUCUUUCUGCUAUUCCUUGAUUUCAUCUUACCAUGUGUAGAUGGUAUAAACAAACUGUUCCAAUCGGAGCAACCAGAAGUUUUAUCGCUGCAUUCCACAUUGACGAGGAAAAUUAAACAACUGUUGAGUUAUUUCGUUAAAUCCGAAGUAGUGAAAUCGUAUAAAAUCUCUGAUAUUCGAUUCCAUCCGAGGGAAAUUAAACCGCCGGGAGAAGUUUACCUGGGCGUUAAGGUGGCAGCAGUGCUAGAUUCACCUUCUCACAAUAUCGACUCCGAAAGAUUACUCGACGUUCAGAAUAGAUGUACGCGUUUUUACAAAGAGCUAGUUCAACAAAUGUUGAAUCGAUUUCAACUGGAAAACGAUAUGUUUAAAAGUGUAUCGAUUUUGACGCCAAGUGCUAUUAUCUCGGGAAAGGGCGUUAGUCUGAGUACGGUACUUAAGCACUUUCCUACGGUGAUCCUGACAAACGAAUGGCAGAAUAUUGACAAUGAAUUUAAUGAAAUUAAGUGCCUAGAUUUCAAAGCACUUGGCCUCUCUGAACAUACCAACGACGAGGAAUUCUGGCUGAAAAUAUUCGAUAUUCAAACGAAUGAUGGAAAAAUAAAGUUUCCAUUGAUGGCAAAAUUGAUGAAGGCAAUUUUGUCUCUGCCUCAUUCAUCGGCAGCCGCUGAAAGAAUUUUUUCGGCACAAAAUUUGAACAAAACAAAGUUACGCAACAAGCUCCGCAAUAAGUCUAUGGUCGGCAUCUUACGCACGAAAGACUGGCUAAAAGUGCACGGCAGUCCGGAAUCCGUUGAAAUUCCACCAGAUAUGAGAGAAAAGUACAAUAGUAAAAUGUACGAUACCGAGGAAUGCGAAGCAGAAGAAGAUUUUCGAGAUGUAUUAGAGUUGUUAAACGAAUAAGGCAGCACAUAAACAACGUAAUUGCUUGGCGUUAUAGCUGAUACAGCUGUGCCAUCCCUAUGUCCCGGCUUCGACAGCUGGACAGACAGAACGAAGAAGAAAAAGAAGAAGAAGAAGGAUUUCAUUACUAUCAAAUAUCCACAAGAUUUCCAUAAGAAAGACUGAUAAUAGAAGAAUAGCCCUAAGGGCUGCAACUUGAAUCGCCUAUCGCCUCAAACUGGCUGUUCAAUUCAACAUCGAACUGAAUAGAAAUCACGAAAACAUACUUUAAUAUACUCCAACCCUAUGGUCAACUAUUUUUCAUAUCCUCUAUAUAUUUUAAAAAUCGAAAACAAAUGCAAAAAGUACUGCAGUGUGAACUUGGCUGUCUACAGUGUUUUAAAGUUCCAUUUAAAACAAAUCUAAUACUUUUCAUUUCUACCGUUUCCAUUUGCCAUCAAUAACCAUUAAAAGAUAACAAUAUUUCCGCCUUACAUACUAUACUUUGCUCUAUAGGUAGAAGUUUACCAGUUCAAUAGGUAGAUUUGGUUUCACUCUUUGCGUAACUUUAUAUAAUAUACUCUGAAUUGCCGCACUUUCGAUUAUCAGUCUUAAAUGUUAAAAAUAGUUAAAGGCAUCGAAAAUAUGGGUUCUCUGAGAAGCCUGUACGAACUGUGAAUGUGUGACUACGUAGCUAGGUAGAACCCGUAACUUCUAGAUAUGUUCUCAACAACAAAACUUACAAGACUGAUCACAUAUCAACAUAUUGAUACUCCGCUCAAAACAACAAUUAGCCAUUUAUUCAGUUUUCUUGGCGUAACGCUAAAAAUAUUGAAAACGGUUUCAUGACAGAUUUUCUGUGUUAAGCCAUUUUGCCCUGCAAGUGUGUU